CAGCCGCCAGCGGCCGCCAGCAGAGUUUUGUUACACCCUUUGAAGCGCCUCAGCGUCUCUCCCAAGCAGCAGCGACAGGUCCAUGGAGAAGGGCCCGGUGCGGGCGCUGGCGGAAAAGCCACGGGGCGCCAGGUGCAGCAAUGGGUUUCCCGAGCGGGAGCCGCCGCGGCCGGGGCCGAGCCGGCCGGAGGAGAAGCCCCCGCGACGCGAGGCCAAGAGCGCGCAGCCGGCAGACAGCUGGAAGGGCGAGCGGCCCCGCAGCGAGGAGGAUAACGAGCUGAACCUCCCCAACCUGGCGGCCGCCUACUCGUCCAUCCUGCGCUCGCUGGGAGAGGACCCCCAGCGGCAGGGGCUGCUCAAGACGCCCUGGAGGGCGGCCACGGCCAUGCAGUUCUUCACCAAGGGCUACCAGGAGACCAUCUCAGAUGUCUUAAACGAUGCUAUAUUUGAUGAAGAUCAUGAUGAGAUGGUGAUUGUGAAAGACAUAGACAUGUUUUCUAUGUGUGAACAUCAUCUUGUUCCGUUCAUUGGAAAGGUCCAUAUUGGCUAUCUUCCUAACAAGCAAGUCCUUGGCCUCAGUAAGCUUGCAAGGAUUGUAGAAAUCUAUAGUCGAAGAUUACAAGUUCAGGAGCGCCUCACGAAACAAAUUGCUGUGGCAAUCACAGAAGCCUUGAGGCCCGCUGGAGUUGGAGUGGUGGUUGAAGCAACACACAUGUGUAUGGUGAUGCGAGGGGUACAGAAAAUGAACAGCAAAACGGUGACCAGUACGAUGCUGGGUGUGUUCCGGGAAGACCCCAAAACUCGGGAAGAGUUUCUAACUCUCAUUAGGAGCUGAACUGUGGUGCGUGCCUUGUGCUGUGCAGACCGUCCUUCCAGUGGCAUUGUUUGUCUGGCCUCCAUUGCUUGUACAUUCCAUUUUAAUUGUUACAGAUGUGAACUUUAUUCCUCGUCAGUAAUUGUGUUUAAUAAUUAUUUAUAGCAAGUCAAUAAA